CCGAACAGGGAACAGGCGGCCUCGAUCCAAAGCUUCCCACACACCCAUAUAUCGCAAUUCAACAACCGAUGACCUGUCAACCAUGGCCGCUUACGCAGCUGUCAGCUGCAGGUCCGCAGGCAGUCUAGUUCGCCCAAUGCACAGCCCUACGUCUUCACACUGGCGACCACAAAACCGUUCUAUUAACAAGGAAUCACGACACAAUGGUGUCCUCGUGGGCAGCGCAUUAGCUUUGCUGACAUUAGUGAGUGCAGAGCUAGCGGUGAAUUCACCGUUGGUGCACUCUGAUCUCGCAUUAUGUUCUGCAUCACCUACUUCCACUGCGAGUCUAUGCAGGCACGAUCGAACGGGGCUACUUCGUACCAGAAGCGUCGGUAGCUGGAAAUAUUGGCGGAUCCGAAUAUCCUAAAUUGUUUGAGCACUCAGCUUAUCCUACAGACCACUCCUUUCAGAGAGACGAAGUACCAUUAAAUGAACCGCGACGGUAUGUCAUGUGGCAUGUGUGGCUGUAGGGUGAUGACGAUCAAGGCCACCUCCACAAACGGUGUGCGCAUUCGAGGCUGACUGCUGCUGCCUUAGACUAUUGCUUACGGAAUAAUCCGGAACAUAUGACGAUCGUAGGGGAGGAUGUGCGAUCUAGAGUCGAGAGUUCGGACGUCGGAUAUGGGAUUAAGUUAUACGUUCCGGCGACAGGUAUGCCUCCGGAUGGGAAUGUGGGGAGUCUGAGAGUGUCUAGAGCCAGAACCCCUCCAACGGCAGUUGUUGCACUCCUGGUGUUUCGAGCCUCAGAUGAGCAUUACAUG